AUAAAAUGCUUGUUUUGUUUUGGUUUGGAUAACUUUUGAUAAUAAAUAUGGCAUUUUCCGUUAAAUUCUGCAGUAGAAAAAGUGUAUAUUUAUCUACACUCUAAUGUUAUAGAAAUUAGAGAAGUAUAAUCUCUCAGGUCCAAUAGAUAAUAAAGCUACUAAGAGAUUUCAACUAAUAUUUAAAGAUAUAGAAUAUAAAGGAAUGUUUUGUUAAAUUUUUCUGUGUAUUUAAAUACUUUUUUUGUUUGUGCCAUAUUGUCUUCAGAGCACUGAGAGAUUUUUUCUUGUAUGAGAGCAUUGAUUAGAUGGCAUGAGGCUUAUUUUUAUCUUCUUUGCACAUGUGUGCCUACCUUUGUUGUUAGUUCUUUGUGGAUUUGAGGAUCUGCCACUUCACCUUUUAAAUAAAGGUGCCUAAAAAGAUAUUGCAGUCGUUUCUACUGAUAAAUAUAAGAUGCCACCAAAGCCGAUUGGGUCUAUAUUCUCUCUUCUAACAUACUAACCUCUGACUAUUUUUGGACCAUUUCGGGACAGUGGAAACAAGUUAUGUACACAAAAUAUAUGGUGAGCUUGUUACUUAAAUACACAUCCAGCAGUUUUGGAGCAUCAUUAUUGUUCAUUUGGAGUCCGGUUUCUGGCCUCCUGGUGAAUUUAAGUCCAAUAUUCACUCUCUUAUAGCUCUGUUUUUUGCUCACUACUACCUGCUGAGUUGUAAGUACAAUAAGUAAAUGUAGCUGCUGGCUGUAACUUUAACAUUUCUCCAAAAUAUACUCUUUUCUUGCUCACCAACAUGUCCGUUCUCACUUUCCAACACAUCAAAAUUCUCAUUGGAGUAGCUCAAUGACCCCAUAACACUCAAACACCUUAAGAGAAUUUGAAUAUCUUAUUUUCCAUUGCUCCUGAUGGUCAUUUAUUAUGCCCUCAUUGACACCUCACAUCUGACAAAAACACUGCUGCAUGUUCGUCAGCUCUGCGUCAUUUCCUGCCGUCAGGUCGUGUGGAGAUGUUUUUGUGGAAGUGGGAUGUAGUCGUGUGCCAAAGGCUCAUCAGAGGAUACCAGAGAUCAUAAGCAUGUUCAUGAUUGAGUAAUUCCCCAUGGGAGGAAACCAUUUGGACAGGGUGCCCAGUGUCAGAUGUCAGUAACAGUGCAUAUCACUUAUAUGAGGACAUACAACUCGUAAUACAAGCUGUAUUUUCACAAGAGCAAUCCGGUUUAAAUCACCGUUACAUUUUUUCCUGGAACAUGAAUUAACUACAUUUUGCAGUGCAUUUCUGUAGCUUUAUCUCCUGUUGACAUAUAUAUAUUUUUUUAUCUCUUUGUCUCCUGGGCUCUGCUCUGGGAACAUAUGAUUGCUCUUGAUCUGGCCCGGGAGCAGUCCUUCCCUCUUCCUUUUCCGUUACUUUCUGGUAAUGACCGAGUCCACACGCCCCAGUGAACAGCAUCAACCCUAUUUAACUCUGUCAUUUGGCUCACAGGCACAUAAACGGUGCAUCACUUGCCAUCACUCUGCUUUCAUCCGACUCAACUCUGACUAGUCAUAAAUAUGAUCUGGCUUUGCAUCACAUCGCUGUUAUCAAUUACUCAAGUCACCUCUGAUCUAAAUAUUGACACAAGCCGCAUCAGAGUUUUCCCAGCAGCAAACCUAAGUAUUGCUGGAGUAUUCCAGGUUAGUAACUUAGAUGACCUCAACCAGCCUCAGUACACCUUCAAUGCCUCUGAAGCUCGGAGGCUCUGCUCGUACCUCGGGGUGACCAUUGCCUCAAAAGCACAAGUCCAGGAAGCUCUCACUAGAGGUUUGGAAACGUGCAGGUUUGGAUGGAUUGAUGAACAUUUUGCAGUCAUCCCCCGCAUCAAGGCCCUUUCUAAUUGUGGCCAAAACCAGAGCGGCUUGGUGACAUGGCGAGCGUCUGUUACACAAAAAUUUGAUGUGUUUUGCUUCAAUGAAUCAGAUGCGGCAACACAAUUGAAGGAUGCAACAACUGAUAACCCUUUGAACAGGAGGGAUUACUCAAGGCAAACUCAGUUUCCUUCUAAGACAGCAAGUCCCACCCGGACCACCCACUCUACGUCUUCCUCCUCCUCAACUCCUAAAACCAUAGACAGUGAGGCACAACCAGCCCGGUUUGUUGGCAGUGCACAAAGCUCUGCUGGAGUAAAGGCUAUACUCAUCACCUCAACUUGUGCCCUUCUCCUUACUGCAAUAAUCAUCCUUGCAUACAUAACAAUGAGGAGUCGUGCUCUGAGCUCCGACAUAAAGCAGCAGCAAGAAUACAUCCAGACAGAAGAGUGGACAAGUGUGAAGGAUAUAAAGGAAACCAAUAAAGCUGCUCAGGAAGAUGAGAGGAUAGAAGUGGAUGACAAUGAGAGUUAAACAACUUUCUGAUGUGAUGUUUUUUAGAGGCACUCCAUGGACAACUACUGAGUGAUAUUCAAAUGUGUUCAUAUUUUUGUUUGAAAGAAAUGUAACAGAAUAAAGGCCAUAAAGAGCUUUUAUUUUUGUAUGUUAGUAUUUACAGUCAUCUGAUGUUACUACAUGCUGCAGUUUAGCCACUGGAUGGCAAUGUUUGCUUCACAAUAAGCAUUGUGAAGACUGAAGACCUUUUAUUCUUGUAACAUACUGUUUGCUGCUUCAGAUGUAAAUGCAACAUUUCUACAACAAUUUCAAGCAUUUCUUGAAAAGUCAUUAGUCGUUAUGAAGUCUUUAAAACAUGCUACAGUAUUUAAGGGAGAGACAGAGGAAAUGUACCAGACAUCAUCUGUUAUCAGAGCCGUCUCAUUAUGUAACGCUCUCUCAACCAUAAGUGUUCUUGUGUCUGGUGUACAGUGUAUACAGUAACUGGAAAAACGUCAAGUUUUAAACUGUUUCUACGACAUACGAGUGUAAGGCACAGUUGUUUAUACAUUGUGGGUUUGUUUAAUCACAAGCGAUUAAAUGUACUUCCCACAGCUUUUGUCUAAACCUUUGAGGAUAUUGUAUUUUUCAUUUUAUCAUCACAGUCACUCACUGGCACUUUUCAAAAUAAAGGUAAAUGCUGAUUACUGAGAGCUCAGCAUGCUUGUCUAAUACAAGGUCCAUUUUAUUCACACUGGGAAUUCAUAGCUUCAAACUUCACUGCAUCGACCAUGAAGCUGAGUUCAUUCCACAGAGUCUCGUGUCUGUAGGCCAUGCGGAUCUGGGCGACAUUGGUCCGACGGAUAUCGUUCCCUUCAGGUCCGUCUUUCAGAUAGUUCACUCCUAAGAACUGCCUCUUAUCCUGUCAACAAACAACAGAAUGCAGUAUUGGGAAACAGAUGGAGCUAAUGUUGAUCAAAUGUGAGGACGAUUCUGCAGAGAAAACGGUGUCACUACCUGGUGAGACAGUCCACUUUGCUGCACACUGUUUCUGGCUAUUUCACACACAUCACAGGUGCUGAGCUUCCACAGCUGAGCUGCGAUAGCGUACUCUUCCAUCAGUGGUUCCUACGAGCAGGACACAAACAAUGGAUUAAUAUUAUUAUUUGCACUGCAGGACAAACCCCAUCUAAAGCACACUGCAAUAUUCUGGCAUACUGAACUGGAAACAUUACAUUUCCUGUGUGUGUGUCUUACCUUGGUGUAGUGGAACUGCAGGGGAUCAUCUGUGGACAGGGACACACACAGGCCUUUGUGCAGGAACUCUGGGAGAGGAUUCUUGGAGUAUUCCAGGAACAGGCUGUUGUUGCUG